UGUAGAAAGUAGAGAUAAAGACGUGCUGGUACAGUAUAAAUAUCUGAGCCCACAGAGAGAGAGAGAGCAUCAGUGGCACUGAGGAGAAGACGCAGAGAGCCAAAAGGGGCAAAGAGGGAAUAGAAAAACAACAAGAGGGUGAAUGAAGGCAAGAGGAACAGAAAAAGAAGUAAGGGAAGCUUUUUAUAUUACACAGUGGACACUUUAAAAUAGAAAUGGCCAACACAGCAGGAGGAGUGCUUUUGGCUAUACUGUUCCUGAGUGCCAGUGUACCAUGUUUCUCUGUGUAUAACAGUGGCGAGUGCUUCUUUAACACUAAAGGGAGCUGUGAACACAUGGGACAGGUGUACGGGAUAGGAGAGAGCUGGAUAACCAAUGACUGUUACCAGUGUGUCUGCAUGGAGCCUUUUGGUGUAGGAUGUUGUGACCAUGGAUCUAAACCUGUGGACUAUCCAGACUGGUGCGAGAUCAUCCGUAAACCUGACUCUUGUACGAGUGUUGCAGUGAUGAGAGUAAAUCACAAACUACCCUGCCUCUGGGGACGAGGCCGUCUCAGACCAGCUUCAGGCAAACCGUGGAAUUCUGACAAUGAUCCUUUAUUUUGAGUUCAGCAAUUAAU